AUGAGGCGGGAAAAUACGAACGACGACAGAGCAGCAGCACCACGCGACCUCGCGCGGGCCGCUGCCAACAACAACAACAACAACAGCAACAGCGACAACAACGGCGACGACAACGACGACAAUGACGCGAGAACCAGUAGAGGCAGAGGAAGCAGCGAUGAUGGUGCUGGCACUGGUGGUCAACGCACGGCCACACCGCACGACGAGCGUCGCGAUGUGCAUGUAAGGGUGCACGAAUCACGUCGUGGGCGGCGUGGCCAGCGCAGGAGCAGGAGCAAGGAACGAAGGAGCAGUCGCAGUCGCAGAGGUCCCAGCCGCAGUCGCAGUCGCAGCCGCAGUCGCAGUCGCAGCCCCAGACGCAGCCGCAGGCACUUUGCGCGGUUGCAUCGGCAGCGAAGUCGCUCUCCAGGCAUUCAUCGUGGUGGAGAGGAUCUCAGAGACCUGCUUCGCUGGCAGCGGCAGAAGCAGCAGCAGCAGCAGCAGCAACAGCACGAUGAAGGAGAAGGAGGCCGCCGUCGCGACGGCGGCAGAAACGACAGAAGCAAAGAUGACAGCGACCUUCGCUCGUUCUUGAGCUCCUCAAGACAGGGGCGCCCCCGCAUACCGUUGCUGGAAACCCCACGCCAGCAAGAGCGCCAGGUCGGCGAAAGCCCCGCGGCAGAGGCGCGACGACGACUGCAUCAGCAACGCCUGGCAAUGAGAGCAUCUGACCCGUACGACAGCGAAGACGAUGGCGACCUGCUCUCGCCCAAGAAUGCGUCCCGCGUUCGCGCUUACCGUGCACGCGUAAUGCAGGCGCAAAUGCAAGAAGAACAACAAGCCAGUGCGAUGCUGCAGAUGCAACCACAAUCCAUGCUGGAUCGCCUGCAACCACGCAUGCAGCCCGACACCCAACACCAACACCAGCAGCAGCACCACCACCACCAGCACCACCACGACGACGGCGACGACGACGACCACCACCACCACGACCACGACACGGCUCUAAUAGUGAGCAGUGGUGUGCGCGACACAUCGAGCGCUGACCAGACAAAGGCAAAGAUUGGCGGUGGCAGUGUUGACGACAAUCCAUCAGACUGGGUGCAGGAGCAGACCCCGGACGGGCAGCCGUGUUGGCGACACGUGCGCACGCUGGAGAUGAGCUGGUCCAAACCCUUGAGCUGGCGUGCGCUGCGGUCGGCACCGCCAGUGGUGUGGCGCAAGGAGCUCAACGAGCACGGCCUGGCCGUGUUUGUGCACGCGCACACGGGGGAGGUGAUAGUGCCAACGCGCGCACAAACGCGCCACUCUGAGAAGCACCGUAAGGACACGGCCAUCCUCGCUGACGCGGGCACGACGCGUCGCAUCGACGCCUCCGAGACGGCAACGGGCCGGCAGCUGCUGCAGUUUUCGCGCCAGGAGCUCUCGCGGCGACGGGGGCAUCUUGGCUCCACGCGCUCGCUGUUUGACCGGCAGAAGUACUACCGCGAGUUUUACGUGCGGCGGCGUGCUGAUGGCGGUGGUGAGAUUCGAUGGCGCGUGAAGGCCGGCAACCCCAUUGUCGCCACCAUCGCCCCACGGCACAUGCGCAUCUACGAGGACAACCCGCACAUGCACCAGGUGUUUGCCAACAAGCGGGAGCUGGUCAUCACGGGGCGUGAGCUGCGUGAUGAUGACCGCAUUGCAAGCAAAGACUUUGUACCGCGGUCGCCAUAUCUGCGACGGCAGGGCGAAGUGAAGACUGUUGAGCACUGGGGCCAGCGCAAACUCCUCAUGUCCGAGAUUGAGUUUCUCACCCGCGUUGUCAGUGCCGCUGGCGAUGGCGGACGAGUUAAGACGGUGGUGUAUGCCGGCGCUGCGCCUGGCGACCACAUUGAGUUUUUGUCACGGGAGCUGUUCCCAACUCUUCGCUGGGUGCUCGUCGACCCAGCCCCCUUUGUCUGCCGCCCCGCCGACAACAUCAUCAUCAAGCAGGACUACUUCACGGACGACCUCGCCUGUGCGCUGGCCGACGAGGAUGGGGUGGUGUUCAUCUGCGACGUGCGGUCGAUGGACGCCGGCAUGAACGAUCAGCAGAAGGAGAACCGCGUGGCUGCCGAUAUGCUCUGGCAGCAGCAGUGGGUCAAGCUCAUGAAGCCGAUGGCUGCGAUGCUCAAGUUCAGACUGCCGUAUGCGACCCGGAGCGACACGACGAGCAGCACGACCUACCUGGAUGGCGAUGUCUACCUCCCCUGCUGGGGCGGCCGCACCACCACAGAAACAAGGCUGGUCGUCACAGAUCCGGAAUCGUCGCGUGAGUACAACCACAAGGUGUAUGAGGAUUACAUGUUCCACUUCAACACGGUGACACGGACCAGCCACUUUGAUCACGACGUGAAGGGUGUGCCUGGCCUCGACCACUGCUUCGACUGCGCCUCCGAAGUGCACAUCCUCAAGCAGUACCUCCACCACAAGCACGGCCACGCCAUCCCGCGUGACUCGCUCGCUCGCCGCGUCAGGGACCUCUCCAUGCGCAUCUCACAGCAGUGCAGCAGCAGCAAUGGCAGCAGCAGCACAGCUCGCACGCUCGCUCUCCCACAACAAACCACGCAGCACCACUUCUGCUGAGGGGCCAGUCAGCGACACCAUAAAAAUUAUCAGCUGUAA